AUGAUGCAUAUAAAAAAGAAAUAUAUUAUAUUUGGAGCCGCGUGGGUUAUACGCCUAAAUAUAGUAAUAUGUUCAAAUCUUAAAAUAAAGUCCCAAAUAAGUAAACCUCAAAGGAACAUUCCUUAUGAAUCCGCAUUGUUGCCGAGUAGUAAUAGUUAUAUGCAAGGCGCCAUUAAUGGGGAGAAACCAGAAAGCCAAUUAGAGAAUAACAAUAUUAGUUUGUUUGAUUUAAUUGACCAAGCGGAUUUUGGCACAGCUUUUUCAUGUUUAGAAGAAUUCAACAAGAAAAACAAUAAAGUAGACUGUUUUAAUAAUGCAGAAGAGAUGCAAAAAGACAAUAGCAGCAGCGAGGCCAAAACCAGCAGCGACCCAUAUACAGAAAACAAAAGAGAAUUUAUUCAUACAACAGAAUCAGAGUCUUUUAAUAUGAAUACAUGUACAAGUUUUGCUUCUUAUGAUAGCUUGUUAGCUAUUUAUAAAAAACAGAACAUGUAUAUUGUACGAAAUUAUACUAGUUAUAAAACAUGUCUAGUCAAUCUAACAAUAUAUAUUGGACAUUAUUCCCUAAGAAAUGAUAAACUACGUAUGUGGGCAGAGGAAGAAAUUACUAAAUGGAGAAACAACAGAAAGGAAAAUAUAUGGAUGAUGACAUGCCCGUCACAAGCAGAUUUUUUCAGAAAAAGAAGGCUUUUUUCUGAAAUGCUUAAAAUAAAAGGCAACCAGCUUAACGAUAUAUCUAACCCAUCAUACUACAAUGAGUUUUUAAAAGAUUUAGUUAGUUAUAUGAAUGUAUACGGCCCAUGUAUACACAUCGGCAGCAAUGCCAUGUAUAAUAGUAGAAAAAAGAAACAAGAGACUAUUGGGGAUAUAUUGACUAAUCAAGAAGUAAGUUUAUACUGUUGCUGCAGUGGUAUGGACAUACAAAUAAUUACAGAGGAAGCAAAAAAAGAUAUAAAAGAAGCAGAAGAAGAUAUAAAACUUAAAAAAAAUUGA